GGACAUCCUAGGAUUCCAAAUGACGCCUGCCGGUAGGAGAGAAGAAGAGUUCAGUGAGCGCUGAUUGGCUGCUGACAGGGGCGUGCUGAACGGAGGAAAAUGCUAACAGCAAGUAGAAAAUCCUUCAAACUUCUCAGCGUCUUGGUGAGUCAGCAGUUCUGCUGCCGACGUUCCCAUCCACAGACCUUCAGGUACAAGAGGUCCCUGCAGAUACCAUUCUUCAGAUGGGAGGGAGACUGCAGCAGGUCUCUGCACACCUCCAUCGUGUGGCAAGGACCCAUCGUCCAGUUCAAGCUGUCGGACAUCGGGGAGGGGAUCAUGGAGGUGACGGUGAAGGAGUGGUAUGUCAAGGAAGGGGACAAAGUGUCCCAGUUUGACAGCAUCUGUGAGGUCCAGAGUGACAAAGCCUCUGUCACCAUCACCAGCCGCUAUGAUGGGGUCAUCAGGAAGCUGUACUAUGACGUGGACGCUACCGCACUGGUGGGGAAACCACUGGUGGACAUUGAGACCGAGUCCAGCUCAGAACUGAUCCAGGAGGAAGAUGUGGUGGAAACACCUGCCAUGGCCCGGGAAGAGCACACCCACCAGGAGAUUAAAGGACAUAAGACCCAGGCCACACCCGCUGUCAGGCGUCUCGCAAUGGAGAACAAUAUAAAGCUCAGUGAGGUUGUGGGGACUGGAAAAGAUGGGCGAAUUCUGAAGGAGGACAUCCUAAACUUCCUGGCCAAGCAGACAGGAGCCAUCCUCCCUCCAACCCCUCCCUUCCAGGAGAUCCAGACUCCAUGCCCUACCCCCUCUGUUCUUGCUGCUGCUGCCGCUGGGCUCGUGGGCACUCCGUCAACUACCAAACCUCCACCUAAAACAAUCAGACCCGUUUUCACAGAGAAGGAUGUGACAGAACCCAUCAAAGGUUUCCAGAAAGCCAUGGUGAAGACCAUGAUGGCAGCUCUGAAGAUUCCUCACUUUGGUUAUUGUGACGAGGUGGACCUCAGCCGGUUGGUGACUCUGAGAUCAGAACUCAGACGGGUCUCAGAGAGCCGUGGAGUCAAACUCAGCUACAUGCCCUUUUUCAUCAAGGCUGCCUCUCUGGGUCUCCUUCACUUCCCCAUCCUAAACGCCUCGGUGGAUGAAAGCUGUCAGAACAUCACCUACAAGGCAUCUCAUAACAUCGGGCUUGCAAUGGACACCAGCCAGGGUCUGCUGGUUCCCAACGUGAAGAACGUUCAGCUGCUCAGCGUGUUCGAGAUCGCCCAGGAGCUGAACCGCCUGCAGGCGCUGGGGGCUGCAGGUCAGCUGGGUGCCACCGAGCUGAGCGGGGGGACGUUCACUCUGUCCAACAUCGGAUCAAUCGGAGGGACGUACGCCAAACCGGUCAUCCUUCCUCCUGAGGUCGCCAUCGGAGCCCUGGGAAAAAUCCAGGUUCUGCCCCGGUUUGAUGCCAGCGGUGAGCUGAUUCCAGCUCACAUCAUGAAGGUCAGCUGGUCAGCAGAUCAUCGCAUCAUCGAUGGCGCCACCAUGUGUCGCUUCUCCAACCUGUGGAGGGAGUACCUGGAGAACCCGGCCUGCAUGGUGCUGGACCUGAAAUAAACACAUUCCCCAUCAGCCCCGGGGUGAGCGGUACCACAGCCCCACCCACCAGCCGCGUGGUUCUGUUCGGUGCCUCUGUGAGCGUCGGGACCGACCCGAACUGGACUGGCUGGGUGGGACGGGACCGAGGUGAAACUAGAUUAGAAGUGUUUGCUGUUUGGAACUGGAUCUCUCCGGUUCUGUGCUGGUUCUGAACCAAACACUCCUCUAGCCAAUGAGGACAUUUUGGUUCGGUUCUGGCCGUCUAUUGGGUCCUCAAUUCGUUCAUUUGGACCGCUGAAUGAGUUCAGGUUAUGUCUGUGGACUCGUGAAGACCCAAGCCCCUUAGGGUCAGGGUCAGGGUUGACCUGACCCUGACCCUAAGGGGUCCUGGGCUGUGACCUGGUCAGAAAGAAUCCAGCUCCUUCUGGAUCCGACCCAGUUCCCACCAAGGCGGUCUGGAGUCAGAAACCCAGAUGUUUCUGGAACCAGAGCCAGCUCUGAUGAUGGUCUUCCUCCUUGCUGUGGCUGCUGGGGAACAAGAACCCGGAGAACCUGCAGGUGUGGUUCGUGUUCCAUGUCCCUGCUGAGGAUCUAAAUAAAGCUCGUUUCAACACCGUC